UGUGUGGACUGUGGAAAAUGUCAGCGUUGCUUCAAACAGCGUUAAAUCAACUGUCAAGGUUGAGGUUGACAGGAGUUUGCGUCCAAGGUGUUCGAAAGGUUCACACAAACUGUGGUCCUUUGUCUUUUCAAGCAUCAUCUGUACUAUGGACAAGCCCAAUGAAAAAGAAAAAGAAGGUGGAUCCCCAGCUUCUUAUUGCCAAAGAACAGAAAAAAAAGAGGAGAAUUGAAAAACAGAUACGACGUCUCGAAAAAUUUUCAAGGAAACUGAAACCAGUUGAUGAAAUAAGUGGAGAUAUUAAGUUGCGAAAGGAAUUGGAAUUCCGGAAAAGGGACAGACCUGUGUUGACUUUUGAGGAAAGUGAACGACGUGCUUUGCUGCAGAAGGAAUGGACGCGCUACAAGUACCAUCAGUAUGGGGAUGAGUGCGAAGCCAUAAGUAGGCUGAUUCUGAGUCAGGAGAAGGCGUUAGAGGAGCUACGGAAGGAAUCAGAGGAACUGUAUCAGCAGGCCAUUCAGAUUGAUGAGAAUCUAAUACCAUACGAGUGUGAAGGCCCAGUGGCGACGCCCCCUAUAGAGGAUUACAAAUCCCCUGAUGGCGAAUACAAGGACACCACCAAAAAGUACUGAUCAUUUGGUGCAGUGGAGACUAUUUACACUCAUGAACUGAUCGUGUGAGUAAAGUUUACACACAGGAUGAAAGUGAUCAUGACAGAUACCAAGUGUAGGAGCUGAUCAUGGAACGCCAUUUACACAGGAGCUGAUCAUGAUAGACUGUUCACACCCAUAAACUGAUCAUGUGGUGCAGUUUAUCCUGUGAUCACGGUGCACCAUUUACAUAGAAUCUACUGAUGAUAGUUUACAUGGGAUCUGAUCAUGUACUUGUAGUGGAGUACAUCCUAUGAUGGUGAAGACAGGAUGAGAUGAUGUGAUAUUACAGACCAUGUGCCAUGGUUGAUCCUGUGAUCAUAAAGGAUGGUGAACACAGGAUCAGAUCAUCAUGGACUGUUCACACUAGGAAAUGAUCAUUUGAGGCAAUGAAUCUUGUGAUCAGAGUAGGCGGUUUACACUGGAACUUACCAUGAUACACUGUGUAUACAAUAACACUAUUUGAUCAAGACCAAGCAGGAUAUGAUCUUGAUCGAUAUAAAGUUUGUACGAGAACUGAUCAUGUAAUGCACAUGUAGUGGAUUGGGUGAUUAUGAAACAUCAUUUUCACAGAAAAUAAUCAAGACAGAAUCUACAUGUGGGGACUGAUCAUGUGGUGCAGUAGACCCUGUGACAAUGGAGCACUUACACAGCUCACAGACUGAUCUUUGAUCAAGACUAGAGUCAAGUGUUUACUAAACACACAGUUCAGGGCGAACAAUGUAUGCUAUGUAGAAUAUACAUAUACUUAUAUGAUUGU